AUGGUGCUCUCGCACCGCUCGCACGACGAGAACACGCCCACGAGCGAUCGCGCGGGCGUCCGCGACGACAUCUUAUUUCGCUCGAAGCUUCACGCCACCCCGAGGUCUAAGCUCUUCGCCGACCCUCCGAGCGCGCCCCGGGCGAGCGGCACGCUCGGGGCGGCGCCAGAGAGGGAGUUAUCUACGCUCGAACGUUGUGAGCGCGACCACGGACGCGUGGGGGUGGGACGGGACGAGAUCGAUCACUUGACGCCGGUGCUCGCGCCGGGCGGCGCGCUGGACCGAGGUUCUCCUUGGAGCGAACGCGCGGCGUACGCGAGAGCGCAUCCGUACGCGAUCCCGCCAAGGCGCUUGGGGCCGUUCGAGGACGUUGCGGGGGUGAGCGGGCGAAGCAGAGCGCUGGAGAGGUCGAAGACAAUCACGGACGACGGACGAGAGGCGAGGCGAGAGGCGCGCGAGUCGGCGUGGAGACGAGCGAGCGCCGUGGGGACGCCCAGAGCGGCUGGGAGCGGAGCGAUCGUGUAUAGAGGAUACGGUGGAUCGACCAUGGGAGGGGCGCCGAGCGGACUCAUGGACACGGAUGGUGAGAGAGGAUAUGGCGGCGCGGCGACAUUCAAGAGAUUCGGGGCGGUAAACAUCUUUGGACACGCGCUGAAGAAGUACGUGAGCAGCGUGAAAAAGUGGGACGAUGCAGGAAGCUUGGAGCGCUUCAAGUCGAUGAUUUCGUCAUUCGAGAACGGCACGAUGGUGGGGCGGGCGCACGCGGAGGCGCUUGAGUGGGAACGUUCAAGGCAGCGCACCGCAUCCCGCGAACCAGUGGAGUCUCUUUCUGCCAAGCAUUCGGCGACGAUACGGGACAUGCAAGAGAGUCUAAGGCUUAGACGGGAAAAUCUUCGUCAAGUUCUCUCGUCCUCCACCGCGAGCGCUCUAGACGAACAGUUGGAGCGCUUGACCGUGGAAGCACAGGAGGCCAAGGUGAAGCGACUUCGCGAAAAGGCCGCUAGAAAGUUUCUCAAGCCUCUCACCGCGACCCAACUCGAGGCUGUGAAAGAUGCGUUGCGCGCUCCAUCGAGUAAAAUCCUAGCGAAGGCCUCGUUUGUUGGUCAGGGCGCCCUGGAGGCGACAGGAAAAGACAUCGCCACCCUGAAAAAGGGGACAUGGUUAAACGACGAGGUGGCAAAUUUCGCCAUUGGCAUGCUCUCGCGUCGCGUGAUGGAGAGCAGGUCCGAGGGCGAGACGCAGCCCAGAGCGCACUUUUUUAGCACCUUUUUCAUCAACAAGCUGUACCAAGACAGCGGGCGGUACGAGUAUUCAAACGUGCGACGAUGGACGCUUCCAAAACGGCUCAAGUACGACGUCUUGCGCUGCGAGAAGAUUUACGUUCCCGUACACCAAGCCGUACACUGGGUGCUAGCCGAGAUAGAUGUUCGCGAGAAACGAAUAAGUUAUUACGAUUCACUGCUCGGCGAGUCCGCGGUGACUGUGAAGAACCUCAAGCGUUGGAUUUGCGACGAGGCGAAGAACAAGCUCGACGAGGAAUGGGACCCGGACGAGUGGGAGGAGUGCUACCCGAAAUCGAUCCCUCUGCAGAAGAAUGGAUGCGAUUGCGGUGUAUUCAUGAUCAAGUACGCAGAGUACCUCUCCUCCGACGCCGAGCUCGCAUUUUCGCAGAAGCACAUGGACUACUUCCGCGACAGGCUCGUCUCUGACAUUCUCGACGUCGGCGUCGACGACGACGCGUGA